GAAAAGUACCUAUGGCAUCACACAUUCGACAAGUGACCUUCUUUUUCCUGCUCUGCAUGUCUGUCAUGGUUUUUGUUUACCUUGCAAAGGAGUCCGCCCUGAAGAAUUUCAUGAUUCAAAAACAGUCAUGUCAAUAUCAAUCAUUUUUUGGAAAUAGUAUUACACCGUGUUUUAGGAGCAGCCUCCUAUCUGGACACAGCGAUUCAACUUCAAUAGUCACAGAAAUUAAAGAGAAAAGACAGAAUACUGGAAAAGACGGACCGGAAAGAAUUGAUCAAAAUCAUCUUAGAAAAUCGGGAAAAGGUGAUGAUAAAACGGUUUCAAAGGAAACCGUCGUCAGCAAUCCUAGGUAUGUCAUUGGUAAGGAAGAUCAACACUUUCCAGAAAAGCUUACUUCAUCCCCAGGUACACGGAUGAAGAAUCAUUUCGGACAAGACACAGAUACCAAUCGAUUUCUUUUUCCUAAGUAUCUAGGAAGAUUGGGCAAUAUCAUGUUUAUAUACGCAUCAUGUUAUAGUCUUGCUCGCGACAACAAUCUUAGUCUCUUUUUAUCAAAAACAGACAAAAUAUACCAACCAUUUGCCAAUAUACCUGCAGCAACACCACCUAAUGUAACACUUUGUAGAAGGACAAUAGUAUCCUUUAACCAAACACGGCCAAGAUAUUUUGAACAGUUUCGCUUAUCUGAAACAAACGCGUCGUGUGUGCGAAUAGAAGGUUUUCUUCAGUCAUGGAAGCAUUUUAAAGAUCAUUUCGACGAUAUCAGAUACCAAUUCACCUGGAGAACGUCGUUUCGAGAAAAGGCUAUACAUAAAAUAGAAAGACUAAAAAAGCAAACAUGGCCAAAUGUACCUUCCUCUAAAAUUACAACUGUAGGUAUCCACGUCCGUCGGGGUGAUUACGUCACGGAAAAACGACCGAUGGCGGAUCGUGAAUACUUUGAAUAUGCAAAGAGAUAUUUUCUAAAGAUUUUUUCAAAUGUUCUUUUUAUAGUAACAACAUCGCCAAAUGAAAGAGACCAGAUGUGGUGCAUAAAUAACAUACAAAACGGAAGUGGCCUUACAGUAUUAGCAAGUUCCAACGAUUCAUUUGUUGACCUGGCUUUGCUUUCAUUGACGGAUCACGUGAUCAUUUCGACUGGGACGUUUGGCUGGUGGGCGGGGUUCUUGAACAAAGGACAUGUAUUCUAUUUUGAUUGGAUCCCAAUGAAUCACAGUCGUUAUAACCGAAAAGAUUACAUUUUACCCCACUGGAUUGGAAUAAAAGCUAUAAACACUGAUGAAAACAAUACGACUGUUUACCGAACUGUUACGUCAUCAUGAGGCGAUUUCGUAUUGAUAUACUUAAUAUAUUCACACAUACAUUAAAUUCCUUUGGGCAGGGAUUUGGUACAUAGCCUCGUUUGACGGUUUCUGAAUAUAAGUUGUUUAAAGACGUUCAAUAUUUUAGUUUCUGGUGUAUUGGAAGUAGUGAUCACCACACUGUCUCGUCCUUUACCUUAACAAGAAACACCAACAUUUUCUUUUAAAUACCGAUCGCGUGAAAAAUAUAUAUAACUUGAAAUGGCUUAAACCCCCCUCUUGAAUGUCAAACUUCACCGUUCAGACCGCUAUUAAUUAACAACCAUACCAUACUAAAACUCUUAUUUAAUGCCCGAGAUUGCUAUUAACGGUCUUCCUCCGUUUAGAAAAAUUUACGAUCAUAGAAUCUUUUAAAUGGAUACAAGACUGGGACAUGCAAAACGGAAACGGCUCAAAGAUCAAUAAACCAUAUUAAAUUACCGCCAGUCACUAGCAUGAAAACAAUACUGCCACUGCGGCACUCACUCGGAACUCCUCGAAGGUAACUCCCACCACAUGAACUCUUGACGUGAAGGGAGAGGCUUCCAUUUUGUUUCUAGGGAACUUUUUUCCAAAACAAAGUUUUCUAUAAUCAGGGGUCUUACUGCGAUUGUUUUAUAUUCUCACUCUGGUGCCACACAUUAAUUAUUCGAUGAAAUCAGCUUGACACAAUAGUGAGGUUGUUUGUGCACAUGUGUGAUUGCUAAUUCCUCUAAUAUACCAACCCAUAUUACCCAACAAAUUCAUACUUAACCAAUUUCUUUAAAGCAACACUUUCUCAUACCCAAACUUGGCUACCUACAAAUUCACCAUACUCCUGCACAAUGUUUCACGAAUAGUUGAAUACACACUUUGUAAUGACAACACCUACAGUUUUUUUUAUCUGAUACAACCUACAUACAAAAUACUGUAUUUACAUUCUGUGUGGCAUUUGCUAAUUGUCCUUAGUAAUGUAGUGUGUAUACUACAAUUUAUAGUGGUUUGGUCAGUGUUGGAUUACAGCUGGUUAUGUAUCCAACAAACAUGACCGCCAAUAUCCUGAAUCAAUAAACAGAGAUGUUGUGCUAUAUUUUUGUUGUUCACAGAUCCAAAUUUUAUUUUUCUGAUUUACAUAUCUUCUGUUAUAAUUUUAGUUUUCAAUAUUUUAGACCAAGUGUCAAACAAUGACAAAAGUCAUCAAGUUAUAUUUUUUAAGAAUUUUAUCUUCUUUCCAGUUACAUUUAAAAAAUGACAUUUCUAAUCAUUUAUUACUAAAAACUGCAUGUUGUGUAAAAAAAAAUACGGAUGUAGUGAUAAAUUAUUUCUAGUCCGAAAUCUGAAACAUAAUAUUUCCCUAACUUAAUG